UCAACAGAACCACCUGCUUAGCAAGAUCUAGACAGGACAGAGAGCCAUCCUGUCUCAUCCCAGUUAACUUGAUUUUAUACAUUGUCUGAACACUGGUGACCAUGGCAGGAAGCACCACGACCCCGACCCUCACUGUCUUUCUCUGUCUCGGUCUGUGUUGGGGCCUCUGGGACCACAUCCAGGCAGGAGUUCCCCCCAAACCCUCUAUCUGGGCUGACCCAGGCCCCAUUAUCAGCAAGGGGAUCCCUGUGACCAUCUGGUGUCAGGGGUCUCUGAAGGUGGAUGGCUACAUUCUGUAUAAAGACAGGGGCUUUGAGCCCUGGAUGACAAGCAUCCUAGAGACCUCCAACAACAAGACCGGGUUCUCCAUUCAGUCCAUGAGAUCACAGAAUGCAGGGCUGUACCAGUGUGCAUACAGCACUGGGGAUAUGGUGUCUGAGAGGAGUGAGCCCCUGCUCCUGGUCGUGACAGGAGUGUACAGAGCACCCUUCUUUUCAGCCCAGCCAGGCCCAGUGGUAAACUCAGGAGAGAAUGUGUCCCUCUUAUGCAGCUCACAGUCCACACUGGACACUGUCCACCUGCUGAAGGAGGAAGGGCCUGAGCCAGCCCAACAAAGGAAAUUGGAGUGGAAUCCCUAUGCUAGGAGGUGGCAGGCUGUCUUCUCUGUGGGCCCUGUGGGCUCCACCCAUGGGGGAACCUACAGAUGCUAUGGUUCCUCCAGCUCCAACCCCAAUGUGUGGUCACAGCCCAGCGUCCCUCUGCACCUCGAGGUCACAGGUGUGUACAGGGAACCCUCCCUCUCAGCCCAGCUGGGGCCCCUGAUGCUGCCUGGAGACAAUCUGACCCUCCAGUGUCACUCGGAGCCUGGCUCUGACAGAUUUGCUCUGACCAAGGAUGAGGGACCCAACCCCCACCCCCAGAGUCUCCAUGGACAGCACAGUCCCAACUUCCCCCUGGGCCCUGUGAACUUCAACCACGGGGGCCGGUACAGGUGCUACAGUGGACACAACCUCUCCCAUGUGUGGUCAACCCCCAGUACCCCCCUGGACAUCCUGAUUGCAGGAAUGUACAAGAAACCCUCCCUCUCAGCCCAGCCUGGGCCCUCAGUGUCCUGGGGAGCAAGCGUGACCCUGCAGUGUGGAUCUGAGGUCAGGGCUGACACCUUCCACCUGCACAGGGAGAGGUCCCUGGAUCCUCCCCAGCAGCUUCAUCUGCAGGACACAGCUGCUCCCUCUCAGGCCAACUUCACCAUCAGCCCUGUGACCUGGGGCCACAAUGGGACCUACAGGUGCUACACCUCACACAGCUCCCCCCCCUUCCAGUUGUCACAGCCCAGUGACCCCCUGGAGCUCCUGGUCUCAGAUGAUCAACCCCAGGACUACACAGUGGCGAAUCUCAUCCGAUUGGGUGUAUCUGGUUUGAUCCUUGUGGUCCUCGGGGUGCUGCUGUUUGAAGCUUGGCACAGUCGGAGAAGACCCCACAAUGCAGCCAGCAGCUGAACACAGGGGAUAACAAACCCACCAGUCAGCGAGAAAAGAUCCCUUCAACGACUCCUCUGUGUAUCAGCGAAUGUACCUGGUGCUGGUUCCUCCAGAAACGCCAUGAGUCUGAAAGAGCAACUGGUGUUUGAAAUCACGCUCAGAUGGUGUGUUUGUAAGGCAGCAGCAAGAAAACAGUUUUUUCCCCCCAAAAGCUCUGAUUUUUGGCAUUUGCCUAAUUCCCAGGUGUAAAUACUCCUUGAAAGUUGUGAGAGCGUCCCACCACUCUCUCUCUGGUGUUCCCAUCUUCCUCAUUCCCAAUCAGCCUCCCUGAGUCCCAACUGUGCACCUUUUUGGAUGGUCCACAGUGGUUACCUGCUUCGAUUACAUCCCCCAGAGGUGCUCAGGACUGUCUCAGCAGGCACAGGGUUCACUGCGGCUAACCGGGCCCAGAGCAAGCGCCUGCCAAGGGUCUGGUUGUGCCCAGGGUGCCUGUCCGGGGCCUGAAGCCGGGGCUGCACCUCCACUCCUGGCCUCAGCUACCUGGCCGACCUGCCUGGGUGGCCUCGAAGUCUCAGAUGCACGGAACUGCGCUGUACUCCUGGUCCCCGUCCCCCUAGACCCAGUCUUCUUGAACCUGGUCCCAGUCCUGUGCCUGCACUGCCAAAGCCACCACCACCAAGAGCCACCGCUUUCCCUUCCCAGGAUGACUCACCCUGCAAACAUCCCUACCUCCCUCCCCCUGCAAAGGCACACAGGUGAGCGCGCCCCGUGCCUGCC